AUGGCUACUCCUCCAGUCCUUAGAUGCUUAUCUCUCACUCCCUCUAAUAUGACAAACUUAAAAAAGUCACCAUUCCAAAAUCACCAUUUAAGGGCCAUCCCACCUCUUCCAGUACCCUCAGUAACUCUACUCCAUCCCCCUGUUCACACUCCCACCGGCACACCUAAAAGAUUAUUCCCUAUCUAUCUAUCUAUCUAUCUAUCUAUCUAUCUAUCUAUCUAUCUAUCUAUCUAUCUAUCUGUUUAUCCCAGUCUGUCACAAUCUAUUUAUCCAUCUGUCUAUCUGUCUAUCGCAGUCUGUCACUAUCUAUCUAUCUAUCUAUCUAUCUAUCUAUCUAUCUAUCUAUCUAUCUAUCUCAGUCUGCCACAAUCUAUUUAUCUAUCCGUCUAUCUGUCUAUCUCAGCCUGGUUCUAUCUAUCUAUCUAUCUAUCUAUCUAUCUAUCUAUCUAUCUAUCUCAUCUGUCACUAUCUAUCUAUCGAUCGAUCGAUCGAUGUCAGUCUCUAUCUAUCUAUCUAUCUCGCUCUCUUCAUAUCUAUCUAUUUGAAAUUUUUUAUAUGAUAUCUAUCUAUCUAUUUAUCUAUCUAUCUAUCUAUCUAUCUAUCUAUCUAUGUCUGUUAAUAUCGAUCUACAUAUUUGUCCCAGUUUUUUCAUAA